UUUCGAGAUCGACAAGACAGUUUUGGAAGAGAGCUUGCUAUUAUUACAUCAAAGAAAACACAACCUGAUGAAUGGUGGAAGAUGUUUGGACACAGUGCUCCAAAUUUGCAAAAGUUAGCCAUUCGAAUUCUUAGUCAAACUAGCAGCUCUUCUGGGUGUGAAAGGAAUUGGAGCGUCUUUGAACGCAUACAUACAAAGAAGAGGAAUAGACUAGAACAUCAUAGGCUUAAUGAUCUCGUGUAUGUUCAUUACAACUUGCGAUUGAAGAAUAGGAAGUAUUACAAAACAAGGAAUUAUGAUCCCAUUGACAUUGAAAGCAUUGACAAAACCGAGUUUUGGAUUAUUGAAGAAGAAAGACUAGAACAAGAGGAGCCUCCAUUGUUUGAUUAUGAUGAGCUUGAAAAAAUUCUUUAUGAAGAAGAUGAGCCUCCACGAUAUAAGAAGCAAUGUCAUGGCCUACGAGAUGAUGAUGUUGAGGAUGAUAUGGAGGUAGAACUUCUUGGAGAUGAUAUCGACUUGGGAUCUUUUGGUGACGUGAACAUUGAUAAUAGAUCAAACAAUCCGAGCUCUAGUGCAAAUAGGAAUGAGAAUGAUGAUGAUGAUUGGCUAAAUUAUCGUCCCUAG